CCAGACUCAUUUAUGAAACAGCCUGGCAAUGAGACUGCAGAUACAGUAUUAAAGAAGCUGGAUGAACAGUAUCAAAAAUAUCAGUUUAUAGAAUUGAAUCUUGCUCAAAAGAAACAGACUAAAAGAAAAAAAGGUGAAAUUUCUGAUAUCAAGCAGAUUUCAAGAAAUUAUAAAAUACAUACAGAGGGGGAAAAAAAGCCCACCGUUUCACUGGAAACCAGAUUUUUACUGCAUUGCAAAGCUUCAAUUCCUCCUACUGAUAAAGUGGUUUUGUGGCUGGGGGCUAAUGUAAUGCUCGAAUAUGACAUUGAUGAAGUUCAGGCUUUGUUGGAAAAGAAUUUGUCAACUGCCAUGAAGAACCUUAAGUCUCUUGAUGAGGACCUUGACUUACUUCGAGAUCAAUUUACUGUAACAGAAGUCAAUAUGGCCACAGUUUAUAAUUGGGAUGUCAAAAGAAAUAAAGAUGAUUCUACCAAGAACAAAGAAUAA